AUGAAUAAUAGAACACAACACGCAGGGUCGGGAGACGAGUCCGACAAAGAAGUAUUUUCCGAUACCCCAGGCCACAGUGUACCCACAACAGCCGAGCUCUCAAGCUUCAACUUGACGAACUCUCCGCGCACGGCGGCAGGCAGUCCGUUCAGGUCGUGGUCUAGAGACGCGAGUGCUCGAAGAGAACGACGUGCUGCGCGCUUGCAGAGCAUUGAGAUUUUGCGGGCCAAGCUCGCAGGGUCUCCCAAUGCCAGCUCUGAAGAAGAACAGCAGGAGCAGCUGGAUAUUGACAAAACACUGAAUAUCUUACCUGUACCUAAUUUCACCAUCAAAAGCACAUGGCGAGACCCUAUCGACGUGCCAGCGGGCAAUCACACGGGUAAUAAAGCCAAAUCCGCCUCGGAAUUCAACGAGAUAGACAGUUUACAGAAACAGUUGACAGAUUGCAAAAUCCAACUGAGACUACAGAAGGAGUUAUUACUGGAACGAUAUGGCGAAGAGAGCUCGGCGAUGGAGUUUCUAAGACGUCAAUUCGAACACAGAGACGACUAUAGAGAAACGGAGCUUCUGAAAAAACAGUUUGACGAUCUUGUAAAGGCAUCCGAGGAGCUACAGGGUCAGUUGGAGGUUUUACAGCAGGAUCAUAGCGACUGGAAAUUGAUGGCUGACCAAAUCCUAGACGUUAUUGAGGAGGCUGGUGGGGAUACUACAAUUGUUGAGCGAGCGCGCAAAGGAGGCUUAAGUGCAAAGUUGAGAGCUGUGGGAGUCGAAACAGAGCGACUAUCGCAAAAAGUAAACAUCAGUAGGGGAUUAGUAUCUGCGGAGGUGAACGGGAAGGGUUUGAAAAUGAAGGGAACAGAUAAUGAAGAGACGCUACUUAAAAGAAUAGCUGAGUUGGAAAUUAAGACGGAUCAAAUGGCUAACGAAAAGACACAACUCGAGAAACAUAGCAGUGAGCUGGAAGAGGAGAACACACGGCUCAAAGAUGAACUUCAAAAGCUGACUUUACUAGAGGAGGAAAACCGGAAUCUGAAAGAUUUGGAAAGCAAAUUCGAAGAGCUCAAGAUUCAAAAGUCACAGCCGGAUGAGAAACUUGUGGCCGUGGAAGCUAGAUUGAAAGACUACGAGGGUCUCCAAGCUAAAUAUGAAGAAACCAUAGCCAGAUGCGAUGCUUUGCUUGCAGAAAAGGAGAACAUCCAAACGCAACUUUCAGAAGCACGGCGACAACUGCAAGCUAUCGAAACUCGCCAGAUCGACCCAGAUAAAACUAGUCCCGAAGAGCUCAAAGAGUACGUUGCAAAAUUAGAGACUGAUUUCAACUCGUCGCUGGUCAAGCAGAGACAGCUCAAUUCUGAGAAAAUUAAGCUCAGUUACCAAGUUGACGAGCUUAAGUCACAAAUACGUUUACAUGAGGAUAACGCGCUUUAUGCAGAACAGAAGUGGCAGGAUUACCUUACCAGUGAUGUCAAUUUCCAGACUCACCUAAUACAAAUUCUCAGUGAGAUAUUGGAUAAACAGUCAAUUCGGGAAGCUGCUGCCAAAAUACUACAGUUGGCGAAUAGAGAAGAACUUCAGCUAAACGAAGCAGAUACAAAAAAACUAUACGAAACCAUUUUUGAGUAUGACCUGGCUGCCGUGCGAACAAUCGUUGCCGAUCAUACGGAAAUGAGUAAAAAAACAUCUACAGGUCCUGCUCCGGUAGCAGACGAGUCGCUAAAAUUACGGAUAGAAGAAUUAACUAAGAGGUGGAAGCACGCCGAAGAGACGCUUGCGUUUGAGCGUAAGCAGUCUGAAAGACGGCUUCAGGAACUGGAACGUGAGAAUAAGAAGUUACGACAAUAA